AUGCCCACACCCAAGUGUUCUCCACUCUCAGGUCCUUCGACGAUUGCAGCAGAUCAUCCGUUUGUGAUAAGCGGUAGGCUCUUCUUUACUACUGGGACAUCAUACGAGAGCUUGAUUGCACAUUUCAGAUUGGAUGACUUCGGAGGUAUUGGCGGUCUGUGCUUCAGCAUUGAUGUCCUCAAGACCACUCUGGACCUCGUCAAAGAUGUGGAUGGGCACUGUCAAUACCUUAAUUAUCACGGGCAGCAAGGCGUACGACCCUCCCGAGACCAGACUGUACAUGGUGACUCCUACGAGGAACAGUCCAUGAUCACCUUCAAUGUCCCUUAUGAGCACGUCCGUUCUCUUCACAAAUUCUAUGUUGACUCUAUAGUUAAUCAGCUCGACUGGCACACCUUCGUUCAGAAGCUGAACGCCGAAAUACAGGAUUUCAAUCUGCUUGCGACAGUGCUAGGUCCAGACAUGAUUGAUAUUGCGCAAGCACGCCUGGAGAGCUUAGUGCACCCCAAGCACGGCCUCGAGACGCUUGCAAUUAUAUACAGCCUACCGUAUGCUCUACUCACGUAG